CGCGAUAAUUGCGGCCCCCAGUUCUCGCGAGACUUGGGGCUUAUAUAAGACGGGUGCUUCUCGCGGAGGGCGCCACUCGCUGCUUGAAGCAUCAACGACGGAGUCUCUCGUCCACGGCUCUGCUCGACCGCGCCCGCCGCAUCCACCCUCUUAGUCAUCAUGUCUGCUGGCAACGCUUCAAUCGGCAAGCCUGCUCCGGAUUUUUCUGGUGUGGCUGUGGUGAACGGAGCAUUCAAGGACAUCAAACUGUCCAACUAUAAAGGAAAGUAUGUCGUGCUGUUUUUCUACCCCCUGGACUUCACGUUCGUGUGCCCCACGGAGAUCAUCGCGUUCAACGACCGCCUGCCUGAGUUCACGAAGCUGGACUGUGCCGUCAUCGCUGCAUCCACCGACUCCCAGUUCAGCCACUUGGCAUGGGUGAACACACCGCGCAAACAGGGAGGCCUGGGUCACAUGGAAAUCCCACUUCUUGCCGACCGAACAUGCAACGUCGCCAAGAACUAUGGAGUACUCAAGGAAGAUGAGGGCAUUGCCUACCGCGGCCUGUUCAUCAUCGAUGGCAAAGGUAUCCUGCGACAAAUCACCAUCAACGACCUGCCGGUGGGCCGCGACGUGGACGAGAUUCUCCGCUUGGUGCAGGCCUUCAAGUUCACGGACGAUCAUGGCGAGGUGUGCCCCGCUGGCUGGAAGCCUGGCAAGGACACCAUCAAGCCAGAUGUGCAGAAGAGCAAGGAGUUUUUCGCCAAGCAGUGAGAAGGCAAAGCUGCACUCCACCGCAGUGACGACGUCUUGCACAUCUUCUCCCCUCCACCAAUCAGCAGUCAUGAGGCGCUCAACAGUCGUGUCAACUCCUGUCAGACCAGAACCACAGCUCUGAUGACAUAAAAUUACCUAAAGGCAAUGGUGCACAGUUGUUUAUCAACCUCUAAUGUGGUCUUUGAGGCCAGGGGCUUCUGAAAUAGUUUUUUCGCAUCCUGCCAUUGUUUUUGUUUGAGUUCAGUCCUUAUUGUUCAGUUGAAGAUGUACACAUUAGUUGUAGAAUGUUAAACUGAUGGAUUAUGAUGACCGGAGUCUGGGAAAACAUUGUAAACCGAUUCUAAUUGGAUUCGUGUAAGUUACAAUGCAUGAACUAGCCACUUGUCCCAUUGCCUUUACAUUCCUAGCUGAACUACUUAUGAUGGAAAAAAAGCACUUGCUACAUUUGAGUAGAGUUGUUGGUUUGGACAAGUCGUUUGUUAUCUUGUUUCUGACGAGUCGUGACUGCUACAAAGUGUGCCUCAUAGUGCUGGGUAUUUUGUCCAAUAAAAUUAUAAGGAAAAAAAA